UGACAACCUUGAGGCUCUCUGGAGUACGAUCACCAUUUAAAUUCCGCGAUGUUAAGCGCUUUAAAGAAUUCCAGGCCGAAGGAUCAAGAGGUUUAUGCCAAUGUGAUUGACGGGCUUAGCAAAUUGUACUUUAAAAAACUUCUUCCACUCGAAACUUUGUACAAAUUCCAUGAUUUCCACUCACCUCCACUUGAAAAAAGCGACUUCGAGUCGAAGCCUAUGGUUUUGCUUAUUGGUCAGUAUUCUACUGGAAAAACAACUUUUAUACGUUACCUAAUUGGUGAAGAUUUUCCUGGCAUCCGAAUAGGUCCCGAACCAACUACAGAUAGUUUCAUAGCUGUCAUGAACGAUGCAAGAAGCGGGAUUAUUCCUGGGAAUGCUCUCGUAAUGGAUUAUUCAAAGCAAUUUCGACCUCUUUCUAAAUUUGGAAAUGGUUUUUUAAAUCGUUUUCAGUGUGCACACAUGCCAAAUGGUGUUUUGGAUGGAAUAACGUUUAUUGAUACACCUGGUAUUUUGAGUGGCGAGAAGCAACGUGUCGAUCGUGGUUACGACUUCUCAGGUGUUAUUGAGUGGUUCGCAGAGCGCGCAGAUAGAAUCAUCUUGCUUUUCGACGCUCAUAAACUGGAUAUAUCGGACGAAUUCCGGCGGGUUAUCGAAGUUUUAAAGUCGAACGAAGACAAAAUACGUAUUGUUUUAAAUAAGGCAGAUACAAUUGAUUCUCAACAACUUAUGAGAGUGUAUGGUGCUUUAAUGUGGAGUUUAGGAAAAAUAUUAAAUACACCUGAAGUAGCACGUGUAUAUAUUGGUAGUUUUUGGGACCGUCAGUUAGUAUUUGAUACCAAUAGAAAGUUGUUUGAAUUAGAGAAAAUGGAUUUGUUUCGUGAUUUGGCUACUCUACCUGCAAAUGGUACUCUGAGAAAAUUGAACGAUUUCAUUAGACGUGCUCGUCUUGCCAAAGUUCAUGCUUAUGUUAUUUCGCAUUUGAAAAAAGAAAUGCCAACAAUCGUUGGUAAAGAUGCUAAGAAAAAGGAGCUUAUCAAUAAUUUAUCCAAAGUAUACGACACCAUAUCACGUACACAACAUAUAUCAAUUGGUGAUUUCCCUAACAUUAACAGAAUGCAAGAAUCUUUAGAAGUACAUGAUUUUAGAACAUUUCCUGCACUACAACCAAAAUUAAUCAAAGCUGUCGAUGAAAUGUUAUCGAGUGAAGUAGCAAAAUUAGUACAAAUGAUUCCAAUGGAACGUGAUGCAAUCGUAGAAACACAUGGUCCAGCUGUUACAGGUGGUGCAUUCGAUACUUCUGGUACACCAUUCAGUUUUCAUGCUGGUGAAGGAUUUGAAGAGGGUCGCUUUGAAAAGGAUUGGAUUGUUGAUCGUUUUAGAGAACCAUGGGAUAAAGAGUUUGACAAACUAAAUCCUGUGGAUGGUAAAAUCAGUGGUGAAGCUUCACGUAGUCAUAUGGUCAAAUCCAAUUUACCUUAUAGUGCAUUGAAAAAUAUUUGGAUACUAGGUGAUAUUGAUCGUGAUGGUUGUCUAGAUGCUGAUGAAUUCGCUUUAGUCUGUUAUAUAAUGAAAUUAAAACUAGAAGGCUACGAAUUACCGCCUACACUUCCUGCCCAUUUAGUACCACCAUCGAAAAGAAAUUCUGAACAAGCACUUCGUAAUGGUUACCAUAAAGAAUAAUGCUCACGGCAAAAGUUUUUAUUUAUUGACUAAGAAGAACACACAAACCCCACGCCAAAACAGGCACAAAGAACUACUGUCAGCUUAUCUUGGGUUUUUUUUGUCGCUGCCAUUAAUUAUAACAUUUGCUUCCCACUUUUUUUUCAGACGGAUAAUCUAGUCUAAAAAUUCUAUCACAUAGUAAUAAUCUUAUGUUUUGGAAAAUUUUCUUUGCAAUUUCAGCAUGCCAGUUAAUCUCUACAUUUUUGGUAAUACCUUGUAUACCAUUAUUACUAACGAAAUAGUAUAUUUCAGUUCUGUAUAAAAAGAUAUAAGAAGGAGGUUAUGAUAACUUUCUUACACUGGAUAGUUAUCAUACUCCUUUUGUUUUUCAUGUGCCUUUUCAAUUUGUUUGUUUGCUCUUGUUUGGAUAUUGUUUUUUUUUUUGUUGUUUUGUUUUGGUUUUACAAAUCUCAUAUAUAACAGAUCUCUAAUAGUCUUUUUAAGUUUUUUCCAUCCUUAUUACUACUAAUGUUAUCCUUAUAUUAUAAUCGUUUAUGCUAGUUUGUUUUGUUUUUUUUUAAGGAAAGAGGUAAAGGAAUAAAAUUGGCCAGAACAUUAAACAAUUUUUUGUUUGUUUGUAAAGUUUCAAAGUAAUAUAUUAACAUAUGUAAGAAUAUAAAUGGUUAUAUAUUCACUAGGAUUAUUACAAAUACCUUUCCCUUUUAUUCUGUUCUAUGAAUAUUCAUUUAAUACAUGAAAUUUGUGAUAAAAAGUAUAAAAUCAUAUAUUGUUUCUGAUUAUAAAUCAUUGUUUACGCUAGUAAUAUCUGAUAUUGUUUGUUUUAUUCACAUAUAAUAUUUUUUCUAAUAACGAUAAAUCUUUGUAACUAUGACUGGUAAGAAUGAUGUUAUGAUUAAAUUGUUGUUUUUCAGAAGGGAGUAAUCAAUAUCUUAAAUGGUAGUUUCAUUACUUGCUAUCAUACUUUACAUUGGUUUGAUCCUAAAUAAAAUAAUGUGACAGAGAAAUGUUAAUGAUUAACACCUACUUAUUUAUGACUGAUGAAAUUUUAAUGUGAUUGAAUUAUAAGCAAUUGUAUAAUGGUUUAGCUUUAAUUAAACACCUUUUAGUGCUGAUCAUCAUGAUUCUUAACUCAAAUUGACGUUUUUUCGUUGGUGUGAUCAGAGGAAACUUAUUCCUCCGGUUUGUUUGAACGUUUCUAUAUUUGUUUUUCAUUUUGUUAUUAGUCGGUAUUCAUUGAAUGAAGACUAUUCUGUUUGAAGAAUUUAUUUUACAAGUGAUUCUUAUUAGGAAGUUCUUCUAAAUUAUUUUACAUACCUGUAUUUGAACCCAUUUUUAUAAGAAUUCACGGUUCAGCUCCACGCAUUGUGAGUAUAGAAAAACAUAAGCCUCAACAUUUUACUACAUAUUUUAAUUUGUACUAAUGAUGAAAUUCCUAAAUGAACGUUCCUAUAUUGAAUUAUUUAUUUGCUUACCAAUUACUUCCUUCGCUUAUGUAUACAAAUCCAAAAGUAUGCUGUCACUUUAACCUCUUCAGUACAAUUCACAACCAUGUAAUUUUAAUUGGAUUUUUCCUCUUAUUGAUUGGAUUUAUCUUUUUUUGUCUGGAUGUAUGAAAAAAUAUAUACACAUUUUUCCUGUUAAAAAAUUUAAAUUUCUGCCUAAUUUUCACCAGGGCCGUUUAGUCAUUACAGCAUUUAAUGUCCAACUAUUGGGUUUCAUUUUCGAAUUCCACUUUUGUUUUUACCAGCUAGUAAGUUUCAUACAUAAAUAAUUAGUCAGAGCUGUUGUAUUUCUCGUUUACGCAAAUAACACCAACUUUUUAAAGC